GCCCCGCCAUCUCCUCCCCUUCCUCCGGCGGCCGGAAAGCGCGGCGCGUCCCGCGGCCAUGGAGUACCUGCCGGCCGCCGCGGCCCCGGCGCAGGGACACAUCCUGUGCUGCCAGUGCGGUGUCCCCAUCCCGCCCAACCCGGCCAACAUGUGCGUGGGCUGCCUGCGGGCCCAGGUGGACAUCACCGAGGGCAUCCCCAAGCAGGGCACGGUGCACUUCUGCAAGCAGUGCGAGAGGUAUCUCCAGCCUCCAGGAACCUGGAUUCAGUGUGCCCUGGAAUCGAGAGAGCUCCUGGCUUUGUGUCUGAAGAAGAUCAAAGCUUCCCUGAGCAAGGUCCGGCUGAUUGAUGCAGGAUUCAUUUGGACAGAACCACAUUCCAAGAGAAUCAAGCUCAAAUUGACUGUUCAGAAAGAGGUGAUAAAUGGGGCAGUUCUGCAGCAGGUGUUUGUGGUGGAGUACGUUGUUCAGUCUCAGAUGUGUGAAGACUGCCACCGGAUUGAAGCCAAGGAUUUCUGGAAAGCUGUGGUGCAAGUCAGGCAGAAGACUGUGCACAAGAAGACUUUUUACUAUUUGGAGCAGCUGAUUUUGAAGCACAGGCUGCAUCAAAACACACUAAGGAUCAAAGAAAUCCACGAUGGCCUGGAUUUUUAUUACUCUUCCAAGCAACAUGCCCAGAAGAUGGUGGACUUCCUUCAGUCUACAGUUCCAUCCAGAUCCAAAUCAUCCCAGCGUUUGAUCUCCCACGACAUUCACAGUAAUGUCUACAACUACAAAAGCACUUUCUCUGUGGAAAUUGUUCCCAUAUGCAAGGACAACGUUGUGUGUCUGUCACCCAAGCUGGCCCAGAGCCUGGGGAACAUGAGCCAGAUCUGUGUGUGCAUCAGAGUGACCAGCACCAUCCGCCUCAUCGACCCCAGAACUCUGCAGAUUGCUGAUAUUGAUGGCAACACCUACUGGCGCCACCCCUUCAACAGCCUGUUCCACCCCAAGCAGCUGGAGGAGUUCAUCAUCAUGGACAUCAACAGGGUCCACGAGAAGAAAAAAGGUGCUGGGGCAGGGGCUCGAUCAGUCAAGCACACUCUGGCUGAAGCCUGGGUCAGGAAAACCUCGGAGCUGGACACGGAUCACCAAUAUUUCUGCUGCACUCACCUGGGGCACAUCCUGAAUCCUGGGGACCUGGUCUUGGGCUUCGACUUGGCCAACUGCAACUUAAAUGAUGAAUUUGCCAACAAGAUGAACCCCCAACACAUUCCUGACGUGGUGCUGAUCAAGAAGAGCUACGACCGCUGCAAGCGGCAGCGCCGCAGGAACUGGAAGCUGAAGGAGCUGGAGAGGGACAGGGAAGCCACAGACACAGAUGAUGAAAGGCAAUACCAGGACUUCCUGGAAGAUCUGGAAGAGGAUGAGGCCAUAAGGAAAAAUGUCAACAUUUACAGAAAUGCAGAUAUCCCAGUGGAGAGUGACACAGAUGAUGAUGGAGCUCCACGGAUCAGCCUGGCUGAAAUGCUGGAAGAUCUCCACAUUUCCCAGGACGCCACUGGAGGGGAGGGGGCAGAAAUGCUGACAGAGUAAGGACAGUGCCUUACACCCAAUAAAUAUUCCCUUGGGGAGGAAAAACUCCCCAGAUCAUAAUUAACCAUCACAAAGCCAGGAAAAGUGACAAAACUCCCACUGCACCCCAAAAUAAUGACCUGGAAUUCGUAUUUUAUGGAUGAUAUUCCAGAGAAUCAGCAAUUAAAGUUCAAUUUCUGGUGGAACCAUUGCAAUAUAAAUUCUGCAAGUUCCUCCCAUCCCUGAGGGAUCUUUCCAUGCAGUUUCUGCAGUGGAGAAAAUAAGGAAGGAUGUCCAGAGGGAAAGAUUUUAUUCCAGUUUCCUGGAUUUUAGGUAGAGUGCCAAGCUACUGUUACAGCUUUUAUUUCCCACAUGGGGAAGGUUUUCCCUAUUUUUUAGCACGAUGGUUUGAAGCCUUUUAUGAUACUGGUAGAUUAUUCCAUAUAUCCAUAUUUUGGGCAAGCUCAAGACUCUAAUUUCUGUUCCCUUACACAAAGAAAACUUCCCUGCAAAGCCCUUGAUCAGAAAGAUUGGAAAAUCUAAUUUCUGUUCCCUUACACAAAGAAAACUUCCCUGCAAAGCCCUUGAUCAGAAAGAUUGGAAAGUCCUGUGGAGUGUGAUGAAUAUUGAACUAUAUCCCAUGUCUGGAACAGAAUUAAAAGCAACAUGCACAGCAAUUAAAUAAUAAAUCAGCUAUAAAGGA